UAUUUUAUAGAAUGGUAGGCUGAUGCAGACAAUGCCACCAUGAAUGAAAUUUCCUGGUUUUCUGCCGCGCUCACGGCAUUUUUCUUCACUUGUGAUUCGCAGCUAAUCCCAGCCUCAGACUGCCCAUUAAACUGGUACCCAUUUGAGCACCACUGUUACAAGUUCUUAGUUUAUCCUCUGCGAACGUACAACGAAGCGGCAGCGGAUUGUCAGGAAUAUGGAGCUGGACUGCUGAGCAUAAACUCGGCUCAGGAACACGAAUUUAUUAACAACCUUCUGCAGAGGAUUGAUCAGGAUAGGUCUCUCUGGUACACUAGUGGACACAAGGAACAAAAUCAUGUGAAAUGGACCGGGGAUGGCACGGUAUCUACAGAUGGCGUCACCUUUUGGGCAAGUCCUGAUGACUCUCGAAGUCUCUCGGACUUUAUUGUAUACAAAUACUCUGUGACCAAUUUAAAUUAUGCUUGGGGUGCAACUGACGGAGGACAGUCCUUUAAAUUUAUCUGUGAAAUUCCGAGGAGCGAAACGCAGCGUCUUCUCCAGGAAAACCGAGAUUUUACUUAUGGAACAAAUAUCACAGACCCUUCAUUAGCACCAAGAGGACCCAAAUUCACGAUGCAUCCAUCCAACACUGUUCUUACAAAUAGAUCUCAUUUGCCUAGUAUUGAAUGUAAUGCCAUCGGAAAUCCUCAGCCAAGCUUUAGCUGGCACAGAACCGACGUCACCGGAAGUGUUGAAGAGGUCAUCAGCAUGUCUGCUUUCUAUACCAUUAGCAACGGGAAGCUUACGUUUAACCAAAUAGACGAAAAGCGUGAUACGGGCGAUUAUCAUUGCGAGGCUUCCAACAUUUACGGUUCAAUACGCAGUGCACCGGCAAAAGUCACAUUUGGAAGUAUAGCCCAGUUUCCAAAUGUACCACAAGGUGUUACACGGGUGGCAUUAUAUCAGGGGACUUAUCUGAAUUGUAAUCCACCCACCCACAAACCAGCUAUAUCCUAUCAGUGGAUGAAAGGGAGAAGUUUUCUGAUCCAGUCAUUAAACAGCUAUUUUUUCUUGUCUGCGGACGGUAAUCUGUAUUUUUCGGAAGUUCAACAAAAUGAUGAAGGGAACUAUCACUGCAUUGUGACGUUAAAGGCGUCACCUGGCGACACCCUAGCAACAAGUCAACCACCGACUGAAACGAGCCUCAACAUUAGACUAGACGUACUCGGAGAUACGGCGGCAUUGUAUCCUCCUCAAAUUCACGACGAAUUCCCGGCUGUGUUUCCAAAAUCCCCAAAGCUAGGACAAACAAUCACCAUAGAGUGUCUAGCAUAUGGAAGAAUACCUCUAAAAUAUGGCUGGACGAAAUAUGGUGAUGUUGGGAUACCAUCAAAAGCAUACGUUCGUAACUUUGGCCGUGUACUCGUGAUCCCAAAUGUGCGAUUUAGGGAUGAAGGAACUUAUACGUGCCACGUUACCGGUCGGACACAGGUUGCAUCCAAAGAUUUCUUGCUCACUAUUGGUGCGAAACCUUAUUUUACAUAUCCUCUGAAAGACCUCAUUGUUGAUGAAAAUAGUGACGUCACUUGGCGUUGUGGGGGUAUUGCCAGUCCACGAGCUUCUUACUCAUGGUUCAAGAAUUCUCGACUUAUUGCUACGGGAACCAAUGGAAUAGAGAUCACCUCAAACGUUUUAAGGAUCAGGAAUCUCCAGAAAAACGUCCACGAUGGGAUGUAUAGUUGUGAAGCCAGAAACAUCUACGGAACAGCAAUGACUAGUGCACAACUUAAAGUUCUAUCUUUAAAACCAUCUUUUGCUAAAAAUCCUCUUCGACAAUCAAUUUUGGCGGCAAGUAACGGGAAUCUUACCAUUCCAUGCAUACCUGAAGCAGCACCAGUGCCAUCUAUCACGUGGUUAAAGAAUGGCGGGAAAAUGAGCCUUCCUGUAACAGAUGGUAAUCAGAAAGGCGCACAACAGCUUACAAACGGCUAUCUAAAAAUCGUUGGGGUUAGCUUUGGAGAUGGAGGUUUCUAUACUUGUGUGGCUACUAACAAGAAUGGAGAAAGCAAGAGUACUGGACAAGUAACUGUUGUUGGUGGGAUCACGAUCGUAACACAGCUUCCUAACGUUAUCCUGGCCAAUCGAAAUGACACUGUAUUCAUAGAGUGUCAGGCUACGUACGACGCCACCCGAAUUGACUUAGUAUUCGUGUGGAAGUUCAAUGGAAGAGUGAUUGACUUUUCGCAGGAUUCAAUGUACGAAAAGAGUUCUAGGACUGGAAUCAAAGGUCUUCUCGUCCACUUUAUAGACUACCACCACAGUGGUGUGUACGAAUGUGUUGCCAUGUCAACCAUAACCCAGUCCUCCAUAUCUACAACAGUCAAUGUACAAGGCCCACCAGGAAUGCCAGGGAAUGUAUACCGCAUUAAGGGAUCUGAAACGACUCGAACAGUAACCAUUAAAUGGACAGUUCCACCAAAUCAUGGGUCUCCAGUACAGGAAUAUAAUAUUGAGGCACACACGAUGACAAAUCCAAAAUGGCGACCCAUUGCAAUGAAUUUAUCUGACUUUGAUGUUCUGAUUCCUGGAAACAUUGACUCAGACAAAAGACAGUACACCGUGACGGGACUGAUACCGUUUAACAGUUACCAGUUUAGGGUUUAUGCUCGAAAUAGAUUUCCACAGCCUGGAGAAUACAGCAAACCAUCUGAGUACAUUCAACUGAAGCCGGACAAACCAGUAACCGCUGUACAAAACGUAGGAGGAGGAAGUGGAAGUGUGGGGGUUCUAAUGAUUUCAUGGCAGUUAUUAUCAGAAGAAGAGAGAUGUGGUCCUAAUGUCGGUUACAAAAUAUACUGGAGAAAAAAUGGAACCACAGACAGAUUUCAAAUGAAAAAGUUGGUUGAGACGGAUUAUAUGUUUAAGAAAAUGGUCUCGGGUAAAAGUAUAUCAUACACAGUAAACCUCAACGAUGAAAAAUUAUUUUAUCUUCCCUAUGAAGUGAAAGUGGGUGUGUUCAACCUUUAUGGAGAUGGACCAAACAGCACGACAACCGUCGUCUAUUCUUCGGAGGGAAUCCCUUUACUCCGUCCAACAAACGUCAACGGCUGGGAGAUCAACGCCACUGCAUUAUGGGUAACCUGGGAUCCGAUGCCAAAUACUAGAGAGGCUAUCAAAGGGGUUAUUCAAGGCUUUGAGAUUAAUGUAGAAGAUGCCAAUGACCCUAACCGUAAGGGUGUGACAGCUUAUCAUUACGGUUAUAUGUCAGGAAAUAAUGUCAUUGGACUGGAACCGAAUACAGACUACUGGGUGACUGUGCAGGUGUUUAACACGGCAGGAGAAAGUAAUCCUAGCGAAAAACAGCUUCUAGGCACCUGCUUAAAUCCGCCAUUACUGUAUCCAGAGUUUGUAGACAUCCUCUCAGAUGGACCUAACAGUGUAUAUGUAAAGUGGAGAGGCGUGUCGACAGGACUGUUCGAAGAAACUCUUAGAGGUUACAAGAUACGAUGGUGGCUUCUUGGAGAGAAUAUCAAAUCUGCUAAUGAUACUGUUGUUGGUAAACAAACCUAUGGCGUGGUGUAUGGAAUAGCUAAAGGAUAUGUCUAUGCCCUCCGUGUACUUGGUUUUAGCAAGGGAGGAGACGGUAAAAUGAGUCCUACACAGUAUUUCACCUUAGGUGGUAGAGUGCAUGUUGACUCCAGGAUUUCCGUGAUUAAAUUGGCUGGAGCAUCAAUUAGUCCAUCCCUAGUCAUCAUCAGCUUACUUUGUUUUGUUCAGUCAAUCCUUUAAUCAUCUCACCAAAGAUCCGCGACAAAAUCCAAAGGAUAUAGAAAUCCAUAUUCUUCUAUUUUCAUUUUCGAUUUAUUUUGCUUUUAUACAUUGUACAUACACACAAACUUUUAUACACUUU